AUGUGCUUCCUCACUCCCAGCAGCCCCGUUGCAAGCGCCCCGCGAGCGGAAGGCGGCGUCACGCGCCCUCAGCCCCGCUUCGACGCAAACUGCGGUUCCUUCGGCUUUGCCGUCGGCGCAGCUGGCUUCUUGGUGCUGGCGGGCCGGCAGCUUCGCACUGCACGCAAGGCCGAGGGAAAGAUCAACAACAAGAUCGACCCCGAAGUGCCAAAAGUUGUCACCAAGGAGGACUUGAAAGCGGGCGACAAGAAAGUUUACUGCCGCUGCUGGCUUUCCGGCACAUUCCCGCUUUGCGAUGGGACCCAUGCCAAACACAACGAAGCCACCGGAGACAAUGUCGGCCCUCUGAUCGUGAGCGUGAAGAAGAGUGGGUGA